CAUCACCUGUGCCCACGUGUAUGUCCAUGAAGAGUGACCGGUCAGAGGAUCGAAUCAUAAAGUUCAAACAUGAUGAUGUCACAGAUGGAUCAGCUGGGCAAAUGGAAGAAUGCAAACCAGAUGCCAUCAGUGACCAGUUUACCCAGCGGGACCUCAAUCACAUAUUCCAGGUGCUUGAGGAGAAGAUCAUCACCUUUGUGAAGAAUGAGCUGAAGAGAUUCAAGAAGAUUCUGAGUCCAGAUUACCAAGAACACUUUGAGGGUAAAGAGCAGGAUGAGAGUGAUGCCAGAGAAGGGGCUCUCAAGAUGGCACUGCACUUCCUGAGAAAUAUGAAACAGAAUAAUAUUGCUGACAAACUGCAAGAAAUGUGGCAGACUGAACUGAAGAGAUAUCUCAAGAACAAGUACCAGAGUGUGUUUGAAGGAAUACCCAAGCAAGGGAGCUCUGCUCUGCUGGAAAAGAUCUACACAGAGGUCUACAUCACAGAGGGAGGAAGUGGGAAAGUAAAUGAGGAGCAUGAAGUCAGGCAGAUUGAGUCCAUCUCCAAGAGACCAGCUGGACAGGAGACACCAAUCAAAUGCAAAGACAUCUUUCAGCCCCUACCUGGCCAAGACAAACCAAUCAGAAGUGUCAUAACGAAGGGAGUAGCUGGCAUUGGCAAAACUGUGUCAGUUCAAAAGUACAUCCUGGACUGGGCUGAGGGGAAAGAAAACCAGGAUAUCCAUUUCAUAUUUCCACUGCCUUUUAGGGAGCUCAACCGCAUGAAAGACAAACAGCUCUCUUUGAUGGAUCUUCUUCACCACUUUUUCUCAGAAAUUAAGCAGUUAACCUUUCCCAGCCAGGGGAAGUACAAAGUGUUGUUCAUCUUUGACGGUUUGGAUGAAUGUCGACUCCAGCUAGACUUUCAGAAAAAUGACAUUUUGACUGACGUGACAAAGGUCACUUCAUUAAAUGUUCUGCUGAUAAAUCUCAUCAAAGGUGAUCUGCUUCGCUCUGCUCUCGUUUGGAUCACCUCUCGACCAGCAGCAGCCAAUCAAAUCCCUCCUGAGUGUGUUGACCGAGUCACAGAAGUACAAGGGUUCAGUGAUGCUCAAAAGGAAGAGUACUUCAGGAAGAGGAUCAGUGACCAGAAACUUGCCAGCAAAGUUAUCACUCACAUAAAAUCAUCAAGAAGCCUGCACAUUAUGUGCCACAUACCAGUGUUUUGCUGGAUUGCUGCUAAUGUUAUUGAAUUUAUUCUUAAGACUGAAGGAGAUAAGCAAGUUCCAAAGACUCUGACAGAGAUGUACACAUAUUUCCUUGUUUUCCAAACCAAGCAGAGGACUCUGAAGUUGGAAGGAGUUUAUGACACAGAUCCACAGUGGAACCAGGCUAGUCUCCUUACUCUUGGAAAGUUGGCCUUCGAGCAGCUGAAGAAGGGCAACCUGAUCUUUUAUGAAGACGACCUGAGAGAGAGUGGUAUUGAUGUCAGAGAGGCAGCAGUACACUGUGGCAUCUGCACCCAGAUCUUUCAGGAAGAGCCAGGCCUUCAUCAGGAAAAGUUGUACUGCUUUGUGCAUUUGAGCAUCCAGGAGUACCUUGCAGCUUUGUAUGUGAUCCUGAUGUUAAUUACUGAGGGGAAAGAUCUCAUGUCCCCACAACAAUCCACCAGACCAGUGUUUCAGCUUCUGAAAAGGAAAAUGGGCAAACCCAUGACCACCUUACAGAAGAGUGCUGUGGACAAAGCCAUGAAACAUGAAGAUGGGCGCUUUGAUCUGUUCCUCCGUUUCCUUCUUGGCCUCUCUCUGGAAUCCAACCAGAGACUCUUGAGAGGCCUAAUAAAGGAAGUACAACAUGAAAGCAAAGAUGAAAUAGGCAGGUACAUUAAGACAAAAAUCAGGGAGAUGCCAUCAUCAGAAAGAGUUCUCAACCUCUUCCACUGUCUGAAUGAAGUCAACGAUCACUCCUUAGUGGAAGAAGUCCAGCGCUUCUUGAGUGCAGGGACACUUUCUGAAGCCAAUCUCUCAUCCACUCAGUGGUCAGCUCUCGUGUUUGUGCUUCUGACAUCAGAAGAAAAGCUGGAUGUGUUUGACUUGAAGAAGUACAUUUUGUCUGAUGAAUGUCUUAUGAGACUGCAGCCAGUUGUGGAGGAGUCCCAAAAAGCUCUGCUCAACAGUUGUGGGCUCACUGAGAGGAGCUGUGCAGGUCUGGCAUCUGUCUUCAGCAAAGCGUCUUCAAAACUGAAAAAUCUGGACCUCAAUGACAACAGCAUUGGAGAUAAUGGUGUCCAAGAAUUGUGUAGUGGACUGGGUAACCCAAACUGUGCACUGGAGACACUCAGGUUCCUGAAGAGUAGUGCUGCUGAGGAAGCCUGUGCUGCUGUGGCUUCAGCUGUGGGUUCAAACCCCUUACUCAUGACUGAGCUGGAUCUGAGUGGACUCAUACCAGGAGUCUUGGGAAAGUGCAGUAUUGGAGAGGAAGGCUUCAUAGCUCUUGCAUCAGCACUGAGAUCAAACCCCUCACACAUGAGAGAGCUGCAGCUGAGUGGGAAUAAAGCAGGAGACUCAGGAGUGAAGCAUCUUUCUUCUCUUCUGGAGGAUCCCAACUGUAAACUGAAAAAACUAGUGCUCUCUGACUGCAGUAUCACAGAGAAGGGCUAUGCUAGUCUGGCUUCAGCCCUGAGGAUAAAUCCCAAAUACCUCAGAGAGCUUGAUCUCAGAGGAAAUGAUCCAGGGAAAUUUGGAGUCAAACUGCUUUUAGACCUGAAGAAUCCACAGUGUGUACUGAGAAAUGUCCAGUUCCUGAAUAGCAGUGCUUCUGAGGAAGCCUGUGCUGCUGUGGCUUCAGCUGUGGGUUCAAACCCCUUACUCAUGACUGAGCUGGAUCUGAGUGGACUCAUACCAGGAGUCUUGGGAGUGACUCAGCUGUGUGCUUUACUGCAGGAUCCACACUGCAGACUGCAGACAUUACGCCUGAAUAACUGCAGUAUUGGAGAGGAAGGCUUCAGAGCUCUUGCAUCAGCGCUGAGAUCAAACCCCUCACACAUGAGAGAGCUGUGGCUGAUAGGGAAUGAAGCAGGAGACUCAGGAGUGAAACAUCUUUCUUCUCUUCUGGAGGAUCCAAGCUGUAAACUGGAGAAACUAGACCUGUCAUACUGCAGUAUUGGAGAGGAAGGCUUCAGAGCUCUUGCAUCAUCACUGAGAUCAAACCCCUCACACAUGAGAGAGCUGCAGCUGUGUAGGAAUGAAGCAGGAGACUCAGGGAUAAAGCAUCUUUCUUCUCUUCUGGAGGAUCCCAACUGUAAACUGGAGAAACUACAGCUCUCUGACUGCAGUAUCACAGAGAAGGGCUACGCUACUCUUGCAUCAGCACUGAGAUCAAACCCCUCACACAUGAGAGAGCUGCAGCUGAGUGUGAAUAAAGCAGGAGACUCAGGAGUGAAGCAUCUUUCUUCUCUUCUGGAAGAUCCCAACUGUAAACUGGAGAAACUACACCUGGAUAACUGCAGCAUUGGAGAGGAAGGCUUCAGAGCUCUUGCAUUAGCACUGAGAUCAAACCCCUCACACAUGAGAGAGCUGCAGCUGAGUAGGAAUAAAGCAGGAGACUCAGGAGUGAAGCAUCUUUCUUAUCUUCUGGAGGAUCCCAACUGUAAACUGGAGAAACUAAACCUGCAUAACUGCAGUAUUGGAGAGGAAGACUUCAGAGCUCUUGCAUCAGCACUGAGAUCAAACCCCUUGCACAUGAGAGAGCUGCAGCUGAGUGUGAAUAAAGCAGGAGACUCAGGAGGGAAGCAUCUUUCUUCUCUUCUGGAAGAUCCCAACUGUAAACUGGAGAAACUACACCUGGAUAACUGCAGUAUUGGAGAGGAAGGCUUCAGAGCUCUUGCAUCAGCACUGAGAUCAAACCCCUCACACAUGAGAGAGCUGCAGCUGAGUAGGAAUAAAGCAGGAGACUCAGGAGUGAAGCAUCUUUCUUCUCUUCUGGAGGAUCCCAACUGUAAACUGGAGAAACUAGCCCUGCAUAACUGCAGUAUUGGAGAGGAAGGCUUCAGAGCUCUUGCAUCAGCACUGAGAUCAAACCCCUCACACAUGAGAGAGCUGCAGCUGAGUGUGAAUAAAGCAGGAGACUCAGGAGUGAAGCAUCUUUCUUCUCUUCUGGAAGAUCCCAACUGUAAACUGGAGAAACUACACCUGGAUAACUGCAGUAUUGGAGAGGAAGGCUUCAGAGCUCUUGCAUCAGCACUGAGAUCAAACCCCUCACACAUGAGAGAGCUCCAGCUGAGUGGGAAUGAAGCAGGAGACUCAGGAGUGAAGCAUCUUUCUUCUCUUCUGGAGGAUCACAACUGUAAACUGGAGAAACUAUUACUGUCAUACAGCAGUAUAACAGAUGAAGGUUUCAGAGCUUUAGCAUCAGCACUGAGAUCAAACCCAUCAGCCCUCAGAGUGCUCGAGCUGUAUGGGAAUCAGCUUGGACCCUCAGCACAGCAGCUGUUCUGUGAGCUGAAGAAACAUCCAAACUGUAAACAUCUACAAAUAUAUGGACCCUACUGAAUUCAUCCUGUUGUGUUCCACCUGAAUCAUGUUUUUACACUGUGCAUAAAUAAGUGUUGCAGCACAUUCAUAUUUGAACUAAUAUGUUUUAAAGUGACCUAUGUAAAUACAACAAUUGUAAGUAAUAUUGUAUAGAGGAUGUUUUGAAUAUAAAAACAU